AUGAAGGAAGAAAUCUCCUUAGCUUUAAGUUCGUGCAAAGAGAUAUUGGAAUUUGCCACAGGGAGUCCAACCGUUCCUGAGACGUUAGAGGAUUCUGUUUUUGAACGUUUUCAGAAAACUCCAAAAACUGCACGUGAGCAUUUGCUGGCGUACUUAGAUCACCGGAUAAUUAGAGACAUACCUGACAAUGUCAGGGACCAAGCCUUAGGGGAUCCUCAAGUCUCUCAUUUUGUCGCGGACAUCAAUCUCAAUAUCGCUGUCAAAAUGGGCGAUCAUUUGGGGCAAAUAAUUUCAGGGAACAACAACUUGAAUGGCUUCCGCACUUCAAAAAACUGCAUCAAAGCUGUCACUGACUACGUGGAAGGACUCAAACCGUCAAUGUGGUACGACUCGGAGUUUGAAACGAAGUUUGAGGUGCCAAGUUUCCAACCCAUGACCUUUUCAUACGCACACAUCAAUAUGGAGUCGAAACUUAGUAAGACUUUAAACUACCUUAAACAACCAAUCGACGAUAUUGUGAAGUACAAGACACUCCUCCCACACGAAAUGAUUGAAGCGGGGAAAUUAUUAUAUCGAAUGAAAUAUACUGGAAAGGGAAUCAAUGACUUGUUCCAAGCAGCGUACGAUAACGGAGAUCCAAAUGGUUUGGUGUUGUCGGGAAUAUUAAAAGAGUAUGGUAUCGGUGUCGAGAAGAACAAGACGGCUGCCGCAGAAAUGUUUUUUGAGGAAAUUGAGGGGACACCAGUUGCAGUGGGUCGAAUUGGAUUGUUGUUUAAUGAAAAAGACUCUCCGAUUGGGUAUUCACAAGAGGAAGUUGCAACUAAAUUGGUAGAAGCCGCAAAUAGAGGGCAUGGAGAUUCGAUGUACCGUUUGAUGUUAUUGUUUAAUGACCCACAAUUUGUACAAUAUAACAAGACGAGAGCGAUGGAAUACCGAAUGAAAAUGUUGUUGAAAAGAGAGAACCACGGACAUAUGAUGUAUGAAACAGCUCGAUUGAUGUUCGACCCGAACAACAACAUAACGUGCAUGAGCGCGGCAACUUUCAUCCAAAAUUGUAUUUUAUCAACAAACAUCGAAGUUUUGUUGUUGGACGAACUUGCUUCGAGAUACUAUGAGGAACAAAUGUAUCGGCCGGCAUUGGUUUUGUAUCAAUUCCUUGGCGAACUCGGAAUUAUGAGUGCGCAACUGAACGCGGCGUUCAUGUUAGAGGGUGGAAUUGGAUGUAGUAAAGUGGGGGAGGAACUUCGUUUCAAGAAAGCUCUUGAUUUGUAUAAAAUGGUACAUAUAAUGGAAAGAGAAACCAUGUGGAAAUACGUAAUCGAUGGCAUUCCUGGCCUUCCCGGCACUGCGGCUGCUCGGAUAGGAAAUAUGUAUUUCGAUGGGAAAGGGUUGGAAAGAGACAUUGACCAAGCAAUUGAAUGGUAUAAAAUCGCGUACGAAGAUCAACAGCCCGAGGCGAUUUACAAACUUGGUUUGAUUAAAACAUACUAUGACAAGGAAAACAAAUACAAACUGAAAGAAGCAAGCGAGUACUUUAUCGAGUUGAUGAACAUUAGAGGGUUCAGCACAAUUGGAUAUUUAAUGUUGAUCAACUAUUAUUUGGAUUAUGCGAGUGCCGACACAUUAAUGGUUGCGCUUGGGCUGAUUUUAGUUGCUCUUUGUACUAUGUGUUGGAAGAAAUAUCAAGGUUUUUGA